AUGAAGUGUGUUUUAUCUUAAAGAAUAAUACUGUAUAUCGCUUCAUUAAAAAAUUCCCGCUUUCCGAAAGCAAUUCAUAAUCCGAUGCCCUUAUUUCAUUCACUUUCCACCUUCCCAUAUCCCACACAACCGCCGCGUCUCACAACCCUCACCAAUAUUCCAUGGCCGCUUCUCCUCUUCAACUGCUUCUAUUUCUCUUUCUUAUCACCAUCAACAAUUUAUCAGCUGCCCAAACAACCCUCUCCCAUGGUGGUUUUUUUCUCGAUAUAACCAAAGAUGUACAAACCCAACAAUACACCACCCAAUUACUCAUCGGUACUCCUCAACUUCCCACCAAGCUCGUGGUUCACCUGUCCGGUCAAUCUCUCUGGCUCAACUGUGCACAAUCGUCUUCAUCUCGACAGUUCGUCCGCCAUGGUUCCCUUCCCUGUUUGAUGGCGAAAUCCGGUGUUCAAACUCCAAUACCUCCCAGUCCCACCAUCUGUAACGUUCACCAAGAAAACCCCAUCACUGGAUCCACCAAUUUCGGAGAUCUAGCCGAGGAUAUAGUCACUGUUUUCGACGAUAUGGGUUCUCCGGCAACCGUUGACCGGUUCUUUUUUCUAUGUUCCCCGGAGUAUCUACUAAAAGGCCUUGCUACCAGUGCUAAUGGUAUGUUAAGCUUCGGAAGAUCAAAAAUUGCAUUUCAAUCUCAGGCUGUCAACAAUUUCAACAUUCCAAGAAAAUUUGUUCUCUGUUUAUCUUCAUCUAACGGGUUUAUAAUUUCCGGCAUCGAUAUCUCUAAGUCUCUAUCGUACACACCCUUGAUCUCAACCCAUGGUCAUCAGGACGGGUACUAUGUGAAUGUAAAAGCCAUGAAAAUCAAAGGUCGGAAACUGGUCUUACAACCGAUCAGAGGUGUCGAAAUAAGUACAGUCGUCCCAUAUACAACCAUGAAGAGCCCGAUUUAUGGGAUCUUUACAAAAGCUUAUGUUAAGGCUGCUGCUUCAAUGAGCAUGACGAUGGUGGCUCCGGUGGCGCCGUUUGGUGUUUGUUUUAGUUCGCAAGCGAAGGUGCCGGAGAUUGAACUGGUGUUGCAGAGUGAAGUGGUGAAAUGGAUGAUACAACGGAGGAAUUCGAUGGUUCAAGUGAGUGAUUCAGUAAUGUGUUUGGGGUUCGUGGAUGGGGGUUUGAAUAUGAGUGGUUCAGUGGUUUUAGGAGGGUAUCAAUUGGAGGAUCAUAUUUUGGAGUUCAAUGUAGCGACUGGUAUGCUAGGGUUCAGUUCUUCGUUGUUGACGAAGGGAAAUAGCUGUUCUAACAUGAAAACAGCGUUGGUUUCAACACCCACUGAAUCAUUAUAACGGAUAUGCGGUUUCAACGUGGGGUUCAUAUUUUUUUUACUUUUUUUUUUUCUAAUUGAAUGAAGAUAUAUUUUUGGUUGUUUUUUUUUUUUUUGGAAUGGAACUUCUCUGUUGAUGUUUCCAGGCCCAACUUUUGAAUACCGAUUAACCUCCGGUUUCGAACAUGAGGUUAUGUGUUGAAGUUACUGGCGAACCUCACAGGGGCUAAUGGCUGCUUUUAUGUUAAAAAUACAAGUCUGUUAAUUUU